AUGGAGCCUAUCCGGAAUGUCGCACUCUUAGGGAAAGGAUGGCUGGGAUCUGCAAUCUUGGAGCAGCUCGUGAAUACUGGCUUUCAAGUCACAGUGUUGAGUCGCGCAGCUCGCUCUAUGGAUGAACCGCCUUCCAGCACCAAGACUGUGCAAGUCGAUUAUUCAUCUAUCAACAGUCUUGUAGCUGUUCUCCGGGGCCAGGAUGCUGUUGUAUCUACUGUCGGAACAUCUGGUAUUAGCGUACAGAAGACGGUCAUCGAUGCCAGCAUCCAGGCUGGCGUUAGACGCUUCAUCCCUUCCGACUUUGGGGCGCUUACCACCAGACCUGGAGCUGAGACACUUCCACUAAACGCUUUAUGGAUAGACAUCCAGAAGUACCUCAAAGAAAAGGCGCUGAGCGGACAGAUCGAGUACACACUCUUUGCUGUUGGCCCCUUCUUGGAAUUCGUCAUGUCGAUGCCGUUUUUAACCGAUCCGCAGACUCAAACUGCCCCAGUCUAUGACAACGGUGUGCAUACUUUCAGCUCAACUAGUGUGUCGAGUGUUGGGAAAGCCGUUGCUGGUGCUUUGAAGAAUGCUACUGAGACCAAAAACCGCCUGGUUAGCGUCCACGACAUUGUCCUGACUCAAAACAAAGUCUUGAAUUUGGCAAAGAGGUACUCGCGGCCUGAUGACAAAUGGAUCGAGAAUCCAGUGGACGCAGCGACUGAGCUUGAGACAAUUCUCGAAAAUACCAAGCAGAGUGGCCUGGACCUCUUCAAAACACUUGCGCUGCUGAAAGCUGCGCUUUUGGGUGGCAAAUUCGAAGCCGAGUUCAAGAUUUUGGAUAAUGACCUUGUUGGAGUGCGCCUUCUCUCCGAUAAGGAAUUUGAGAAGAUAUUUGCCACGGCUUUCAAGACAGGCCAGAUGAUUGCACAAGAGGACCUUCAGGCAAAUGUUGAGGGGAUUUGA